AUGGGGAAAUCAUGGAAGACAAAACUACCCGAUGCACUUUGGGCAUAUCGGACUGCAUACAAAACACCAUUGUGCAUGUCACCCUAUCAGCUAGUAUACGGGAAGACAUGCCACUUGCCUGUUGAGCUAGAACACAGGGCAAACUGGGCAAUCCAGAAAUUCAACAUGGACUUCAAGAAAGCCGGAAUGCUCAGGAAGCAACAGCUAUCAGAGCUGGAAGAAUGGAGGGACAAAGCAUACCAUAGUGCCAAAAUCUACAAAGAGAAGACAAAGAAGUGGCACGAUAAAAGGAUCAAGCAAAAGGAGUUCAAGCCAGGAUAUAAGGUAUUGCUCUUUAAUUCCAGGGUUAAGCUAUUCGGACAUUGCAAGCUUCGGAGCAAAUGGGAAGGACCAUACACCGUCGUCAAUGUCGCAUCACAUGGAGCAAUCACUCUCCAAGAUGAGGGAGGUAGGACCUUCAAGGUAAAUGGCCAUCGUCUGAAAAUCUUUCUAGAACUUGAUGAUAAAGAGUAUGAUGUGAUCAAUUUCAUUGAAGAAACCUAG